AGAUGAGAUAGCCAUGCGAGGGUGGUAUCUGGCCGUCGCAUUCCCUUGGCAUUCCAUGUUUUAAAAAGGCACGUUUCUCCCGCCUGGGAAUUGAUCUUCCCUUGUCCUUCAGCUGCAGGCCCUCGUUUUCCACUUUUGCCUUGAGGUCACAUCAUCUGCAUCAGGAUGAGGCUCUUCUCAAUUGCAGGUGCGGCGUUCUUCGCCUCCUGUGCUGUUGCCCAAACUUACCAGCGCUUGGGUGGCUGCCCAACCUUGGGCUGUGUUUUCCCACCUGACCAGGCGGAUUUCCUUCCCGGACAGUACUUCGACAUCCGCCUUGAAGUCCACUCGCCGGUCAACGGCUCUGAAGCUCGCCAGGGCCAGCCUGAUCCGGACUUCAAGUUCACUAUCGCGAGGAAAGGUGAAGAGGGCGUUGCUGCGGCAGAAUAUUUUGAGAUUGAGGAGCCGGAACUCGAGAGAUGGAACUUUACCUGGUACGAAGACCUCUUCGCGAAGGAUGCGGACAAACCUUCUCUCGUCAAUGUUACUGCCAAGGCAUACAGAAGGGUCGCUCUCCACGAGCCUGGAGAGUACGAGGCGACAUUAACCUAUUACGGCCAGGAAAAGACGGUUGCCAACUGGCUGGUGCGCGACCUCCCAGAAAAGCGACGGGCCAAGAAUGUCGUUCUCUUCAUCGGAGACGGCAUGACAACUAACAUGAUCACGGCGGCUCGUUUGAUCGCGCACCGCAGCAUUAAUGGCAAGUACUUAACCAAGUUGCAAUUGGACAAGUUUCCGGUCUUGGGCCACCAGAUGACCCACUCGAUGGACUCCUUCAUCACGGACUCGGCCAACUCAGCCACAGCACUCUACACGGGCCAAAAGACCACAGUGAAUGCUCUGAAUGUCUAUGUGGACUCGUCGAAGGAUCCUUUCGAUGACCCGAAAUUCGAGACCAUCUCCGAGAUCUUCCGCCGCCGGUACCCCGAUGCCGGCAUUGGAAUCGUCUCGACCGCUUUCCUGGCUGACGCCACCCCUGCUGCCUUGGCUGCUCACACUCGGGACCGUGGCGAGUAUGACCACGUUAUUAGUGCCUACUUUGAAGGGUUGACCAAGUAUGAGUGGACGAACUGGGACGGGCCGGACGUCCUCCUCGGCGCCGGUGCGGAGAACUUCGUUACCAGCGAAGACGCGCCUCGGGAUUACUACGAAUUGUUCUCCGAGAAGGAGUAUAGUAUAAGCUGGAACAAGACCGCUCUGCAGGCUGCUCCGAAUGACACCAAGGCCCUAGGUGUUUUCUCCACAUCCAACCUGGCUACUUGGCUCGAUCGCAACGUCUACCAGGAGAACCUUCGCAACCAGAGCAACUAUCCAGAUGGCUCAAAGCGCGACGCAGAUGAUCUUCCUGGACUGAAGGAGAUGACCCUCAAGGCGAUCGACGUAUUGAACGCCCGGCAUGAGGAUGAUGGCUGGUUCCUCAUGUCGGAGGCUGCCAGUAUCGACAAGCAGAUGCACUCCUUGGAUUACGACCGGUCUCUGGGCGAACUGCUAGAGCUGGAUGAUACCGUGCGCGCCACGAUCGAGAAGCUCAAAGCCCUUGGACAGCUGGAGGAUACUCUUAUCAUUGUUACCGCUGACCACGGCCACGGAUUCGACGUCACCGGCUCGGUUGACACCGAAUACUUGAACGCACAGGAAGAUGAUCGCGACAAGCGACGGGCUAUCGGAACCUAUCAGAAUUCGGGACUCUCGCAGUACACCGUGCGCGGCCCUAACGCCUUGCGGUACUCGGAAGGGGUCCAUUUCCCGGCCCGCUGGGACCCGCGCUACACUCUGCAUGCCGGCGUGGUGGCGUUCCCCGACCACCAAGAGAAUUAUGAAGUGCACAACGAGGGACCCCGGAAGCCCGCGGUGAAGCGCAGUGGAUCCGACGGCUACUUUGCCAACUACAAGGAUGCAGUGACUGGGUUCCUAAUCAACGGCACUCUCCCCGUCGAUGCGGACCAGGGCGUGCACUCGUUGACGGAUGUACCGGUGUUUGCGCAGGGCCCUUGCCAGGAGCUGUUUGGUGGCGUGUACAGCUCGGUGGACAUCUUCUUCAACAUGGCCGAAUGUCUCGGGUUGGCUGACCAUGGAAAGAAUUAGGCUCUGGUUGUCGCUUAUUUUUCUUUGCUGUUUUCGCGGGGGGGUGGUGUUAAUUGAUUGUUGACUGUAGGACUGUGGAUCAUGUACAGUAAAAACUCUAAUGAGAGAUCCCAGAUG